AUGGAGCCUCAAAAGACGGUGAAAAUCACUGAGUUUGCCAGAGUCAGCCCUUCCUCUCCGUCUCCCUCCCACUUCUCUCUCCCCCUCACCUUCUUUGACACCCUCUGGUUUAAGUUCCCGCCCACAGAACGCGUUUUUCUUUAUCAACUCCCCGACUUAACCACUGCAUCUUUCUAUUCAGAUAUCCUCCCCAGACUAAAACGCUCCCUCUCCGCCGCUCUUGUUCACUACUUCCCCCUUGCCGGCAACCUCAAGUGGGACGCAAGUGAUCCAGAGCCAACCAUCGCGUGCGUUAAAAACGACGCCGUUUCUCUCACCGUCGCUGAGUCCGCCGCAGACUUCACUCGUGUCACUGCCGAUGAAGUUCAUGAAGCUACCGAAUUGCAUGGUUUGUUACCCGAGCUGGUUAUAGGCGAUCACAUAUCGCCCAUCAUCUCACUGCAAAUAACGCUGUUUCCCGGUCAAGGAUUUAGCCUUGGAUUUUCGACGCACCAUGCAGUUGUCGACGGCCACACCAUAACAAGUUUCAUUAAAGCAUGGGCUUAUAUGAGCAAGCAUGAUAAAGAAAACGCUUCUCUGCCAGCAGAUCUAAUUCCCUCCUUUGACCGGAAUGCUAUCGAGGACCCAACCGGGCUGCGAACGGCGAUACUGAACCAGUGGAUAGCUAUUGGCAGCGUAGAGUCAGAUCCCAGCAAGAGAAACCUGAAAUCUUUGCCGUUUCAAAAAAUUGAUCCUGAAUUUGUUCGAGCCACGUUCAAAUUGUCUCGUGAGGAUAUCAAGAAACUAAAAGAAAGGGUACUGGUCCAACACGAUGAUGUAAAGAAGCCACUUCACUUGUCAACCUUCGUUACGACAUAUGCGUAUGUUUUCACUAGCAUGGUUAAAGCCAGAGGGGGAGAUAAUAACAGAGACAUAUACUUUGGAUUCACAGCUGAUUACAAGACCCGCUUAGAUCCUCCACUACCAUCGAACUAUUUCGGCAAUUGCGUUGUAGCAUUGCUGGGUGUUGGUAGGGCAGGAGAUUUAAUGGGAAAGGAUGGGUUCGUUACAGUUGCCAAGGUCAUAAGUGAUUUGGUUUCAGGUUUAGAUACUGAAGCUCCUAAAAGACUGCCGAAUUUAGUGUCAAAAUUGGUAAGAUUAGAAGCAGGAACGCAGAUGGGUUCUGUAGCCGGGUCAAUCCGAUUUGGGGAGUACGGUGUAGAUUUCGGGUGGGGAAAGCCUAAGAAAGCAGAGAUUGCUUCUAUAGACAGGACCGGAGCUUUUUCAUUGAUGGAAAGUAGAGAUGGAAAUGGAGGAGUUGAGAUUGGUGUGCCGACGAGGACGAGGGAGGAAAUGGACAAAUUUGCUUCUGUAUUUUACACCGAACUGUAG